AAAACCAACGAAAACCAUCAAACUGAAAUCGUGCGGACGCAUUGACUUGCAAAUUACGGACGAUUUGUCGAAAAUAUGAAUAUUUAAUCGAACCGCGACAAUCUGACAUCCACGCGGGCAAACUCGUUUCAAACGGAUGUCGGGGCCUCUCCUGCGUAAGGAACAAACUGCGACGUACGCUCGAGUCGCCUAGAGAAAGCUGCCAGUUGUUUUCACGUGGUGGAGGUGAGCAGAGUGGAGGUUUUUCUGUCGUUGAUAGCUUCGUUAAAUAUAUUCCAAGCCCCCUUUGAUGGUGAACGUGAGAAUAGAGUUUAGUCAGUGGGAGUGGGGAAUUCUCUGAAUUGUGACGAGAAUGUUGCUACAUAGAUGAAGCGCAGUGUGUUAUCCAGUUCGUUUUAAAUGUUUAUGUAAGUUAUUUUGGCGAAAAGUGUACGACGAUUGUGGAAAAAUGGCCCACGGAUUGAGCUCCGUGUUGAAACGCAGCCCCGCAGCUAUUACGUGCAAGUCAGAGGGCAAAAGUGGAGCAGGUUCUCGUAGGAUAUUCGCCCCACAUUUCAAGUUGCAAGUGUUGGAUUCGUAUAGGAACGACGCUGAUUGCAAGGGGAACCAACGUGCCACCGCUAGAAAAUACGGGAUACACAGGAGACAGAUACAAAAGUGGCUACAGGCCGAGAAUAAUCUCAGGAACAGUGUGUGCAAAGCCAAAAGUGAGUGUACGAAUCCAGUGGACAGUUGUAAUAAUAAUAAUAAUAAUCACGAAGUGAAAAGAUACGGGAUCGAGAUGGCCUUGAGGCUCGGUAGACUGCAGGACGCCUCGAAGUCCCAGCUCGGAGAUGGCGUCAAGCUUAUUCCGGCGCCAAGUCAACUCGAGGUCAAAGCGGCUUCCGCCGCUGCCCCGGCCCCCCUCGAUUUCACAACGCAUUCUCGCUCCUCUAGCAGUGCCAGCCCGAUUGUCGCCACCGAUCCCCCCCCGUACCCCGACUCGCCCAUAGACUUGUCGUUCAAGAAGAUCGCCUCGGGCCUGCCAAGCCCUGGUGCACCUGUGCCUUACCCCCCUUCACCGAUCGCGACGCCAAUGAGUCUCGGCGUUCAAUCUCACCCAGAUGUAUGGGAUCUGUCCAAGAAACGUAAGCUUGACGUUACUUGCCUGUCGCCCGCUGAAUCACCUAAGCCCGUCAAACUGUUCAAACCUUAUCUAGACGAUUUCAACAAAGACAGUUCGUCUUCCUCAUCUUCCACCUCUAGCUGCGAGGAAUGUCCGCCGCCUUGCUUUUCUCAGCCGAUCACACCACCGACAUUUCCCUCUGAUUAUUACUUCUACAACCACAACAACAACGUCUGCGAUAUCAAAGCUGAAUGUACCUAUACCAUACACGAAUUACAACCUAAAUCUUCCCUUACUUGCUGCUAUCCAUACCCUUCAACUUACCCCGUACGAGAAUAUGAACAACCCUAUUAUUGCCAAAGUUACGACGAUAGUUACACUCCGUGCUUGGCUCCAUUGAAACAGCGACAAAGCUACAGCCUGGACUUCAAACUAAGUGCAAUAGAUUGCUAUUACGAAGAUUCAACUUGCAAAGGGAACCAGAGAGCAGUCGCUAACAAGUACAACAUCCACAGGAGACAAGUACAGAAAUGGUUGAAGCAAGAAGAGGAAUUACGGCAAAGAAAUCAGAUCAUCAAACACACCCAACUUGUGAGGUGAGAACCAAGUUUCUAGGUUUAGUCUUUAAAGCCACAGAGUCUAAAACUUCUAUAUAAAAAUAUAUAUAUUGUAUAUUGAUUGAUCCCAGUGGAAAAUACAUAUAUCUAGUUUGUAUAUUCUUUAUCUAUAAAAAAUAAGAUUUAUCUAUUUAACAUGUUUCUGUGACAUGAGCAAUAAGAAAGAAACGUAUCACAUAUCCAUUGAAGCCUUUAUUGUGUAGAUGCCUUAUUUGUAUGUAAAUAUUGUAUUUCCCUGAACAUGGGUGCUAUGUAUAGGUUUCAAAAAGACUUUAUAAUACCUUUAUCUUACCGUGUGCCUUCUAGGAUAUAAGGAAACAGUGCCAAAUGAAAUGGAUCUAUAAAUAGGUCUGAUUUAAUAAGCCAUUACUUAUCAAUAAAUCAAAGACGAGGUCAAUAUUCACUGAACUCGUUUCUAUGAACCCACGAUAUUCAUCUGUGACAUUUCGAAUUAUAUUACGUCAAAUGUUAACUACUCUUUAAUUAAUUAAAUUUACACAGAAUUUUUCAUUAAGUAUGGUGCAUUAUAAAUAUAUUGGGUGAAAUUCAUAGAAAAGAGAAUUUAGGUGUUAGAUGGAAGUUUCACAUAUUAUUCAAAGCUAGUUGUAUUUUUGAGAAUUAUUUUUUUUUGCUGGCAGCUUUUCAGAGAUUCUUUUAAGUUCAUUGUUCACAUUCACAAUCAGUAUUAGAUAAAGAUAUUAAUAUCAUACCUAUUUGUUGAAUAUUGACGUUCAAACGAGGCCAUUAAUGAAUUUAAUUAUGUAUUUAACGUAGUUUGAUAAGAUUUAUAGUUCUGAAUCAGUUAAACUAGUCUUCCAUAACUACAUGUUAUAGACUGUAGACAGUUAUUUGCUGUAAUAAUAUUAAAACAGUAAUUUACUCGUAAUGAUGCAAUACGCCUAUAAACAUCAUUGUUCAAUUAAUGUAUAAAUGACUUUAUUAAGAUUUCUAACUUUUAAAAACUACCCUAUGUGAUAUUUUUGAAUUCCAACAUGGAAUGUUCAUUGUACAAAUUUCCAUAUUUUUGAAUUGAAAUUUUGCUUCAAACUAAAGUAUGCACUUUAUUAGUAACUUAACCAAGCUCAAAAUUUUUGCUCAAAAAUGGCCUCGUGCUGAAAUAACCAUAUCGGACCGAUUUGUUAAUUUGUAUGUUGAAAGGUCUGUUCUGUACAUUCGAGAAAUUAUCAAUAUUUUGUAUGAAAUGUGUAUAUAUUCAGAGGAAGAAUGUUUUAUUUGAGAGAUUUAAGGAUUUUUCGAUUUGUAAUACCAUUAUUGUUGGAGGUAUCGUGAGUUGAAAGGUCUGCAGAGUAUAAAUUAUAUUAAUAAAUUUUUUACAUUA